CUUUCCCACAAUGCAACAGGAACGCCUCCUCCACGCGUGUGACGUCGUUCUGUAUCCUCGGAGGUUAUACACUGCUAAACAUCCAAAACACGGGAAUAAAGCUCCCUCAAAAUCCAACCCAGAUUGAUGCUUUAAAGCGGCCAGGUCCUCCUCGGCCAAAAGGAAGACGCGGCUCCAGGGACCAUGUCCGAAAAUGGCCCUCGCUCCGAGGCGCCGCUGUACUUCGAGGUAGAGGUGGACCCUUUGGAAGGGGGCGACGAAGACGACGACGACAAGCUGCACUUUGACAAAGGUGACGGCCUGAUGGCGGAACCCUCGUCGUCCGGCGGACGCGUGUACGACCGCACCACCGUGCUCAUCGAGCGCGACCCCAUCCGACUGGACGAAGAGGGCGAGGAGGAGGGCCACUGCGGAGGCGACGACGAUGGCGUCGCCUUCCUUACUGAGGGCGACGAGGAGGAGGGUUCGCUGGCCUUCAUGGCCGACCGCGACGCAAUGUCGCAGGGAUACGUGCACCACACCAUCUCGCCGGACCAGAUUCAGUUCACCAUCAAUCCGGGCUCCACACCCAUGCCGCGGAAUAUCGAGGGCGCCACACUCACACUGCACUCGGAGUGUCCGGAGACCAAGCAGACAGAGGUAAAACGCUACCAGUGCAUGUUCGAAGGCUGCACCAGGACUUACAGCACGGCGGGAAACCUGCGCACGCACCAAAAGACCCACCGCGGCGAGUACACGUUUGUCUGCAACCAGCAAGGCUGCGGCAAGGCCUUCCUCACCUCGUAUAGCCUCAAGAUCCACGUCCGCGUUCACACCAAGGAGAAGCCGUUCGAGUGCGACGUACAAGGCUGCGAGAAGGCCUUCAACACCUUGUACAGGUUAAAAGCACACCAGAGACUACACACGGGAAAAACAUUCAACUGUGAAUCCGAAGGAUGCACAAAGUACUUUACGACACUCAGCGACUUGAGGAAGCACAUUCGUACGCACACUGGAGAGAAGCCCUUCCGGUGCGACCACAACGGUUGCGGCAAAGCUUUUGCAGCAAGUCAUCACCUAAAAACGCACGUGCGGACCCACACAGGCGAGAAGCCUUUCAACUGUCCGAGUGACGGCUGCGAGAAGACUUUCAGUAGCCAGUAUAGUUUGAAGAGUCACAUUCGAGGUCACGACAAGGGACAGCCCUUCAGCGUCACCCUCGCUCACCCGCUGUCCGAAGAUGCAAAUCAUUCGCUGUGCCUCAGUGACUUAAGUCUGAUCUCGACAGACUCUGAGCUACGAGAGCAACUACACAAUGCACAGAAUUUGGACCUGAACAAUGUGACUCCUGUGAAAAUCUUUGAGCUCAUGUUCCAGAGUCCUGAAAAUAGUGUCAGUCAGGAUGAGGCCCGGCCUAGCGAAAGUCUCGCCGAACGCUUCGGCUUGGAAACCCCUACCCCGCCCACUGUGACCGAAGCACCAUCUAUGAGGUCUUUCUCUUUCACACCAGCCUCUUCCUCGUCCUCCUGCACGGCCACCAUCAUGGAGGCUCCUCCUUCCUCUCAGGCCCUCGUGCCUGCCUCCGCAGCCCCCUCCACCGUUCCCUCUCAGCCGCACACUUACUUGCAUAUCUCCGAGGGGCCCGUUCAGGCCUCCGUGCAAGCUCCGAACCAUGUCGCCCCACAGCACUACGUCGCGCUCCCGCCGGCAUUCAUCCAGCAGGAAACCACGGCCCAACCCUGUCCUCCGCCUGUCUCAACGGAGGCUCUGGCGCCACCCGUCGCGCCAAAUGUCACGAGCGCCGCCUCGGAAGCCCUGGCGGCUGUAGCCCAACCCGUGCCUUUGGCCGGUCACGCCAUCUCCGGUUCCGGACCCACUGCCAUCACUAUCGCGCCCACGCAGAACCUGCUGCAGCCCGGCCUGGUUAUGUCCGAUCAGAACCUCCAAUGGAUCCUGAGCAGCGCCACAAACACCCAGCAGAAUUCUGAACAGGCAUCACAAGGUGGUCCAAAAGUUGAGAAGGUGUUCUUUACUACGGCCAUACCAGUGGGAGGAAAUUCAGGCAGCUCUGUCCAGCAGAUUGGCUUGAGCCUGCCUGUCAUCAUCAUCAAGCAGGAGGAGUCGUGUCAGUGUCAUUGCGCCUGCAGGGACACAACUAAGGACAAGAACACGUCAUCCGCCGCCUCAGUGCAGCCACAACCAGCAGACACGACCCCGCCUCCUGCUCCGGCGCCACCUCAAGAUCCCACCCCUGCUAUCCCCUGUUGCCUCCCCAAGUCAUCCUCCAAGGUGGGUGAUAACAAUCCCUCCACCACUCAGACUUUCCCCCCACCGCCGUCGUCAUCAUCCUCGCACGGUCUGGCCAAUAUGGACGUGUCGGACUUCCUCGGGCUGCAAAGCCCAGAGACCGCCGCCAACAUCGAAGCCCUGCUGCUGGUCGCCGACGACUUCAACAUGGCCCUAGAAGGCAACCCUUAGACGCCUUGCCUCUCUGUCCUUAAAUAGCGCGUGCUUCGAACCUCCUGUACCUUCAGUGCAUUUUCCUCUGUGGCAUUGUGCGACAUAGCAGUGCAAACUUUUGUAACGGUUUGCAAUAGUUGAGUUCACUGUUAAAUACGGCGGUUGGGAAGCGUCAGGCAAUUUGUCUAUCCAAACACUUUGCUAAAGUAAAAAACAUGAAUGCCGACAGAUACGAGUGCAAAAUGACCAUAACGUAAGCAGAGUUAUAACAGUAGAUAUCUCUGCUUUAGGCUUUUCAGAAGUAGUCAUCAAGUAAGUAUCAUUGUAUUGACAUUAGCUGCUAAUGUUAUCAUCCAGUAAAAAUCGUCAUGACGCUAGCUGCUAACGUUAGAUGCUAUCGUCAAUAACAUUAGCUGCAAACGUUAGAUCCUAUCGUCAACAAAUAACAUUAGCCGCUAACGUCGAUUUUUUAUUUUUUUUGCUAACGUCAACAAAUACCUGCUAAUGUUAUCUUCCGGUAAAAAAAAUCGUCGUAUGACAUUGGCUCCUAGCGUUAAAGUUAACAUAAACAAAUAACAUCCGCCGCUAACAUUAGAUGCUAUCGUCAACAAAUAACAUUAGCCGCUAACGUUAGAUGCUAACGUCAAUUUUUUUUUGCUAACGUCAGCAAAUACAGUACCCGCUAAUGUUCCAGUAAAAAAUCGUAUUAUGACAUUAGCUCCUAGCAUUAGAUGCUAACGUAAACAAAUAACAUUAGCCGCUAACGUUAGAUGCUAUCGUCAACAAAUAACAUUAGCCGCUAACGUUAGAUGCCAGCGUCAACAAAUAACAUAGCCGCUAACGUUAGAUGCCAGCGUCAACAAAUAACAUAGCCGCCAACGUUAGAUGCUAACGUCGAUUUUUUUUUUUUGCUAACGUCAACAAAUAACAAUACCCGCUAAUGUUAUCAUCCAGUAAGAAAUCAUAGUAUGACAUCAGCCGCUAACAUUAGAUGCUAUCGUCAAGGAAUAACAUCAGCCGCCAACGUUACACGCUAUCGUCAAGGAAUAACGUUAGAUGCUAUCGUCAAGGAAUACCAUCAGCCGCUAACGUUAGAUGCUAUCGUCAAGGAAUAACAUCAGCCGCUAACGUUAGAUGCUGUCGUGAAGGAAUAACAUCAGCCGCUAACGUUAGAUGCUAUCGUCAAGGAAUAACAUCAGCCGCUAACGUUAGAUGCUAUCGUCAAGGAAUAACAUUAGCCGCUAACGCUAGAUGCUAUCGUCAAGAAAUAACAUUAGCCGCUAACAUUAGAUGCUAUCGUCAAGGAAUAACAUUAGCCGCUAACGUUAGAUGCUAACUUCGACUUUUUUUCUUUGCCAACUUCAACAAAUAACAAUACCCGCUAAUGUUAGUGGGUAAUCUUAUUUGCUAACGUUAGCUGCUAACAUUAGACAGAUGAAAAUGUGUGGGGAUACUUCCGAUGUAAGCACACACUUAGGUCAUGACAACAAUAUUUACUGGACAACUACAGUCGAACAUAGCCUAAUGUGAGAUGGUCACAAAGCGAUAUCUGCCAAAGCCGGUCUUACCUUGCCAGUCUGCUUCCAUUGCGGUUAUUUUGCGUUUGUGUUGCGGCUAUUGAUAUUGUUUUGUCCUUUUUCUUUCUGUUGCAAAGUGUUUGGAACUUUUGGGAAAAAACUGCCUGACAGUUCCUAGCCACCAUACUUAAUAAUUAAUACAGGUAAAUGCAGUAGAAGAGAUAUUUUUUCUUUUGGAGGGGUUGUUAAUUCAUUAUCUGCCAUUGACAGCGAUAGACGUCCAAUCCAUUUUGACUGCGAGUCUCACAGCCACAAUGCAUUGGACAUCUAUAAAUGAAUAAUACAGCUAAUGAAAUUGUACAUAACUCACUGAUGACAUUCAGUCUAACUGCUGUCGCGACACUGAAAUUGCGAGAGUUCCCGUUUGUGUACUGCACUCCCAGGAAAAGUCCCGACACGUGUUUAGAGCAGUUUUCAAUGCACUGAUCAAGAGUCGCUCCCAGCACAAUCGUCACCGGUCGGACACGAAAGAGUCCAAAAAUGUGUGGCGAGCAUUUUUCGCAAAAUUUAUAUUUGAGCCGCAUUGUCAGAACGGCUUGGUUGCAUCGUUUCCCUAACUUAAACCUAAUUUAAAGUUGUACAUUAUAAUUUAUUUAAACCUUUAAUUUCCUACUGGCAAUUAUGUUUUGAUGGAUGAAGAGUUUUAUUAAUUUAUUCUGAUCAAACAUUUAUUUUAGUCUUUUUUGUUUGUGUUACUGAAUGACUUUCCUUUAAAGGAAGAAAAAUGCUUCUUCACUUGAUUAUGUUCUCACGGAAUCCACAAAUAACUACUGUUUUUAUUGGGUCGUGACCCUCUCAGGGACGCAUCCCAACUCCCUCCGUUUUGAUGCAACAAAUGGGCAUGAAUGCAUUUAUCUCCCAGUCAUCACUGCUUCAUUCAACCAAAUGGCCAGUCGCAGUUAACUCUGAACCAUUCCAGAUAUGCAGUAUUGCAUGGGUCCAAAUGUCAGUGAAACAUUAUUCACACGUACGAUUAACUAUGCAAUUUUGAAGAAAGGCAUGCACACAGAUGCCACCACACGACAUCCCCCUUCCUUAGUGUUUAGAGUAUUUUUAUAUGCAUAACUCCAGUUGCAAAUGUUUAGGUAUAUCAAAAGAGAUAUAUUACUGUUCAUGUCUACUACACAUGAUAGAAAUAGUAGUUUUACAUCAAAGGUGGUGUGACCACCGAUGAAUACUUCUCUGGUUUCAUACCAGUCUGCAUUAAAAGAAAAACUUGUUCAAAGAUUCUGUUUUAAGAAUUAAGUUUUUAAAAAAAAAAAAAAGAAAGAAAAGACUAUACAUAUAUAUCACUUCUCAUUUCAAUUAAGUUUUAUGGGUAAAAAUUCUGCCUCAGUUUUACAAUUUGACUCCGUUUGGAAGCAGGUUUAUUGCAAAUAACUAAACAUCUGACAAGUCCAUCUGAAAGAAAAAAAAAAGUGUGCUUCCAAAGGGAUGUCCCGUCAACCACAGAGCGAGGAUUUGUAUUUUUUAAAGAGAAUGUACAAUGUUUAAAUGUUUGCAUAUGCUCGUUUCGUACAAAGUAAUACGAUAACGUUCUCAAAUAAGAGCAAUAUACAAAUAAAACAUUAUUGUCUCA